AUCAAAAUUUGACAGUUCGAUAUGCAAAAUAAAGAAAAUCAUUUUGCUGCAAUUUUUUGCCAACUUUUAUUCAAUAAAACUUUUAAUAUCCGUUCUUAUUUUCCAUUCAAUUUUUAGUUUUAAAAUACGUUCACUGGUAUAUUUUCUUUUGCGUACAUAAGUAAUGCAAGUUAACUAGUGCAAAUCAUGUCCACAACCGUGGAACAAAACGAGAAGCCGGAAGCACGAGGUGGUAAAGCAAAGGGCAGAGGGGGAUCUGAGGAAUCCGAUGGCACCCGUCCAUCCGGCAGUGGCCUCUCCAAGGGGAUGGGAUCCUCAGCCACAGAACCAUCGGAAGUGCUGGGAAAGAAUAAAGCCACAAAAAAGGAGAAGAAGGAUGGCAAUAAACGGAGCAAAAAGUCUAAAAAGGAAGUUUCCAAGCCACUGACGAAGGUAAUCAUCCGUCGGCUGCCCCCAUCUAUGGACGAGGAAACUUUCCGGCGACAGAUUGAGCCGAUGCCGGAACAUGACGAUUUUUAUUUCGUUUCCGGCGAUUGGUCCCUCGGCAAGAAUGCAUCUUCGAGGGCGUACAUCAAUUUUACCCGGGCGGAGGACAUCUACCUAUUCAAGGACAAGUUCGACGGAUACAUCUUCGUCGAUGCCAAGGGGGUGGAGUUUCCGGCGGUUGUUGAAUUUGCUCCCUUUCAGGAACUGCCAAGGAAUCGUUCGCGGAAGAAAGACGUAAAAUGUGCAACGAUUGAGACGGACACCCAUUUUAUAGCAUUCAAAGAAGCACUGGAAGCCGAGGAAAAAGAUACGGCCGGGAAAAGUAAGAGCAAAUUGGAAUAUACUUACAAGAUCAAGGACGAAGAGAAAAUCACUUCGACCCCACUGUUGGAGUACAUCGCGCAGAAGAAGCAAGAAAAGCGAGACGAAAAACGCAAAAAGAUGGAAGAGAAGAAAAAGCAACGGAAAGAGGAACGCCAGAAAAAGAAUGUGAAAUCGAUUCCAGAUGCGAUCAAAGAGGAGAACACAAAAGAAGAGGAAAUUGUGGUUCGAACGGUUCCAUCGCGAUUGGAUCCGAAUCAGGGGAAAAAAGAUUUCGGUAGAAAGGGUAACGACAAAUUCGAAGGAAGCAAAGAUGGAAGAGAUAAAGAGAAAAGGCAAAGAAAUCGGAAAGAGAAAGAUAAGGAACGCGGAAGAGUUGAUAAAGAUGUUGGCGGUGACGGAGAACCUGAAAAGGGCUUAAGCCGAAAACAGGAGAGAGAUCGCUUGAGGAAGGAGAAGGAUAAAGCAAGAAAACAGGAAGAGAAGGAUAAAAAAGCCACUGGAGAGCUUCCAAAAAAAGAGAAGGAAAGUGGGCCUAAACAGGAGAAUCCGCCUCAAAAGACCAGCCCAGUUGAGGCCCCUAAAAAGGAAGUCAAAAAGUAUAGCGAGCGCAGGAAGGAAACCCGAGCUCGAGCUGAAACACGGCUCGCCGAACUCGAAGACAAAGACCGCCAGGAUGCCCUGAAUGCAGCGGGUAGUGACGAAUUCAAAUCGAUUACAGUUCCUAAAGUGGACAUCAAAAAAAGCAUUCUAACGCCCCAUGUCGCGCCGUUUAUUCCGAAAGAGAAAUCUACCAUAAUCCUCGGUGAAUCCUCAUUUACGCUUCCUCCGGCUUUUCCACAGAAAGCCAAUGUCACUAAUUCGCCACAGGCACAGGAAGAUUUAGCUACGACUGAGACAAACCAGGAGGCAUCUCCGCCUCCGGAAACACCUGCCCCAGAUAGCAGUAGCUCCGAUAAGAAGGUGGAAAUCGACGAAAAGCUCAAAGAAGCACGCGAAGCUCGAAAAAUUCGCAACAAGAAUCGUCCUUCGAUCGAGAUUUACCAGCCGAGAAAACGACUGGUUCCCGGUUCUGCUGCUACUGGAUGGAAGGAACCCAAGAGCGAAGAUGACAACAAGACGAAAGAGAAAACUGAUUCGGACCGAUCGUCGGAUAAAAGCGUCAAACCGGGGGGAUCCCAUGGGCAGAAGGACAGAGGAAAAAGGCACAAACUAACGAAAAAAGCGUCCGACAAAGAGAGGCCAAAGGACAGACGCACCAGGAGAAGGAAUUCCGGUGAAAUAGAAAAGGAAACCGGAUCCAGGAAAACUUCUAGAGAAGAGCCACAACCUCCGGCGGAACCUGUCACAACAUCGCAAGUUACGGAAAAACCAAUCGAAAAGAUUGAUGUCACGGAGGUCGUAGAAGUAAUGGAAGGCAUCAAACUUGAUUCGUAGAUUAUGGUUUCUUUUAC